AUGAGCAGAUUAGAUGAUCAACAGCUAUAUUGGAUUAUGUUGCAUUACUGUAUUAGAUUCAUCAAAUAUAAUUGGAUCACUCAAAAUCUAGCCACUAAAGAGUAUAAGAUAGAUAAGAAUAGUUAUGAAGAUAUAAUCAUUCAUUAAAUAUAAUUCUAAUCAAUGAUGACAUUAAUCGAUUUAAUUAAAUCAUUCUAUUAGCAUUUAUAAUAUCUAACAUAUCUAUCUCUGAGAGAGAAUCCUAUAUGCCAAUUCAGCUUGCAAAAAUUCCAUGGUCAAUUCUUAAUCGAGGUUGCAUCCUUAAUGAUCUUGCUCAAACGAGCUACGCAAACCAACUGCGAUUUCUAAAAUAACUCUUCUUCCUCUCUUUUAUUAAUUUUGCAAAUUCUAACUUAAAUUCUUUACAGACUUUGUGCUUGA